ACUAGUAUAUAAUGCAAAGCCUACAAAAAUACAACAGUAAACACAGAGAUAAAAAGGAGGGGUGUUGUAAAACUCCAUGAAAUUAUAAAUCCGGACAGCGAAGGAAAAUAUCGCAGCUCUGUGUUCAUCUCUCAUGAAAAAUUUGUUUCUUUGAUGCUUUUGCUAGUGCCAUCAUAUUUAUGGUGCCAAGGUUCAGUUGUAAAGAAUGCCACUGCUGCUCUUGCUGGUAGUACAAUUCACAUUGUGACAUCACAGACAGUCUAAUAUUGUAGCUGAUUGUUAGCAACAUGGGCUUCAUUCAAUGGCAUCGAUUGCUUCAGUUUGAUUCAGUGAAAGUUACUUGGUUUGCUUGCCUACCGAGAAACAUGUCUUCUAUGGUAAGAACAUACAUGAUGCUAUGCAUAGCAGGUCUGCUUGUGACUGUCUGCAUCCUGAUGGUCAUGUAUCGGGAUGAUGGCGCCGAUGUCAAAGACGUUGUCAAGGUCGAUUCUACGUCUGAUGAUGUUCCACCGAACUCACUAAGAAGAAUCAAGGGUGCAAAUAUCAACAAAUUGACAGGGGAUGUUAUAGACAAACAGCUCAACCAGAUGGAAGACUACAGUGAUGAUGGCGAUCAUGACGACGAUCAGGAUGAAUGGAGUGAGAGCAGCUCUAGUUCUAGUUCAGUUGAUGAAGAUGCUUGGCUAGAUCAGGAAAGAAAACUCCAGGAGAAAACUGAGAAACAAGCUUCCAUGAGGUUGGUAGGUGAAGAGGAUGCUGCCUUGCAGAAGUCCGAAACACAGGACAAGUCGAGAACUGGUAAUAUCCGUAUUGUUGGAGACAACCUGAGAUACGGUGGGAUUGAUGAUACUGGUGUGCCUAGGGGCGAUAUCCCUGUGGCACGGGGUGAUAUCCUUGUGGCACGGGGUGAUAUCCCUGUAGCUCAUGGUGAUUUCCCCAGUGAUGGUGAGGUAAGGCUGAAUCAGAGUGCUAUGCAUAUCAUGGCUGCUGACAGGAUUGGUGAAGGUGGCAACGUCGACCUCGUCCAGCCUCAAGUGAAAGCCUUCAGGAUAACGGACGAUGGAGAACUUGAGCCGAUGGACGCCAGCAAGAAAGGCGGAGGUGGGAACAAUAUGGUGAACAUGAGAAUCUCUGGCAGUGCAAGUAAAUUUAAGAAAUAUGAUGGCGGUGUGCAGGACCUUUUACGACAUCCAGAGCAGCAUACUAGCAUAGGGCGAAAGAAAGAUUGUCCUCCCAAGAACAACAUUGUGAUGGUGAAGACACACAAGUGCUCCAGUUCCACUAUGCAGAACAUCCUCUUCCGUUGGGGUGAGAACCGCAACCUGUCCUUCGCGUUGCCCAAGACCGGUGUGUACCUUGGCAGUCCGAGCCCAUUCAGCAAGAUGUACGUCAUGGAAUCCAACAACGGCCAGUACAACAUCAUCGCCAACCACAUGGUCUAUAACCAAAAAGCCACGGAAGAACUGAUGCCUUCCGACACGGUCUACAUAGCACUCCUUCGAAACCCAGACACGCAGUACGAAAGCAUGUACAACUACUACCGCUUCGAUGGGAGGUACCGGGUUAGACUGGAGCAGUUUCUCAAGAGGCCUCGGCUUUACUUCGAGAGUGAGCCAAAGGUCACCAAACAUGUCGGUCGCAACCCAAUGCUCUUUGACAUUGGACUUGAUUCUCGUUAUAUGGAGCGGGACGAUCCAAGGAUUACCAGUUACAUCCAGCAGCUCGACCAGAGGUUCGACAUCGUUCUCAUCGCCGAAUACUUCAAGGAAUCCCUGAUACUCCUCAAAGACAUCCUAUGCUGGAGUAUGGAUGAUAUUGUCUUCUUCAACCAAAACGCGAGGAGUAAGACCUCUGUGCGACCGCCGACUGAUGCCAUGAAGGCGCGCAUCAGAGCGUGGAAUUGGGGAGACAGCACCCUCUAUCAGUAUUUCAAUAGAACCCUCUGGCAGAAGAUCGAGGCCUUUGGGUACGAUCGCAUGGCACGGGAAGUCGCCGAGUUGGACAGGAAGAUCGAAGAACUCUCGCAACGCUGCAUCGGUUCUACCAAGCAGGCGGGUGAUAGUCGCGUCUACUAUCCACCCGGUGUAAAUGUUAAUAGUUUUAUUCUCAAUAGAAACGCUCAGGGGGACCAGCUGUGCGAACAGAUGACAAGACCUGAACUCACAUAUAUUGGAAUCCUAAGGCAGAAGCAAAUGUCCCUGAAUAGCCAUAGAGCGCUCAGGUAGUAUUCACUGACACCCGUUCUGUCCACGUAGAUAUCAUUGCCUCUUGUACAGUGUCAAUAGAUGAACAGUCUCUAGUUUUGCUACUUCGUCCUAUGCGCCAUUUUGUAUUGUGAUAUUUAUACAGUACUCAGUGUCUGCUGUUUACAUUAAAUGUUCUGCACUUUGAUGUCUUUAAGUGUUCGACAUUGUGCUCUGCAAGAUCUUGUCAUUCUUGUAGAUAAAUGAAAGUUAUCGACUGCAACUGCUCUGUCACAACUUGUAAAGUAAAAAGAAAAAUGUUGUUCAUUUUCCAUUGUACCCCUUUGCUCUUUCUAUCGUAACAUUGUGAUUGAUUCAAAUAAAAACUUGUGUGAUUGAUCUAAGAUUUCUAUCUCUUAACGACACAUGUCGUUGGCGUUCAUCUGAACCAUUUUAUCAGUCAAUUGUGGUCAAAAAAUCAAUUUGAGAUUUUUGCAGAAAAUAAAAGUACAAGUCCUAUUCCAUACGUAGUUAAAUUUUGAAGCAGCAAUUUAAUUCAGUUUCUGAGAUAUGUGAAGAUUUUCACGGCGAUGCUAUACAAUUUAUUGAUAAAUUGCGCAAAUCCCAUUGCAAACGUGUA